AUGGUUUACCAAAUAUUUUCAUUAAUUUUUAUAUUUAUUCUCAUUAUUGAUAAUGUUCAUACUGCAUCAAUAGCAAAACGUGGUAAUGAAGUAUUUCAAUUAUUAAAAGAAACAAAAGAAAAAGUAAAACAUGGAACACAAUGUCUUUCACCAUCGAAAUAUUUUGCUGGUUCAUGUUAUACAUAUAUGAAUAUGUUACUAGCAACAUCAUGGGAAAGAGCAUAUAAUAAUUGUUUAAUAAUACCGACGGCAAAAGAUGCUCGUUUAUUAGUUAUUGAUUCAAUAGCUGAAUAUGAAUUUGUUGAACGUGAACUUAUUGGACCAAAAUCAGGAUCGGAUAGUGUUUCAGUUUAUAUUGGAUUACGUAAAGUCAAUGAUACAUGGCUUUGGUCUAAUGAUAUGCCAUUGAAAGAAACUCCUGUUUAUCGAUUUUGGGUUGAUAAUAAUAAAGAUAUUCUUGCUUAUGAUUGUGGUGUUAUUUGGCUUGCUCGAAAUACUAGUGUAUUGACAGCGGCUGCAUGUGCCGAACAAGCUUUACGACCUUAUGUUUGUAAACAUACAAUUGAUCGUUGUUAUAAUAAUAGUGGUGGAUGUGGUAAAUAUGGUACAUGUUUGAAUUUACCAUUAAUUAAUUCAUAUAGAUGUCAAUGUCGAUUUUUAUAUGCAGGUGAUCGAUGUGAAAAAUGGAGUAGUCAAGGUUUACAAGCAAUUAUUGGUGGUAUUAUUAUACUAAUUGCAUUUAUUGGUUCGUAUAUUAUUAAUUUGGAUCGAUCAGGUGAUCAAUGGUCAUUUCGAAAAUCAACUGUUGAACAUUAUCAAACUACUUCAGUCUAUGGUCAAAGUCGUCCAACAUCUUAUAUGCCACGAUCACCAAAUGCUACUGAUCAAGUAAUUCUCAAUCCAUGUUUACCUAUUCAUCCUGAUUUUAUUGAUAUUUCAAAUGAAAAACAUUGUCGACAUAUAUCAUCCUCAUCAUCAUCAAGUCCACCGCCUAUCCCUCCACCAAUUGAACGUAAACAUCGUUAUUCAUUUCGUCUUAGUAUUCAAGAACUUGAAGUUACAUCCCACAUACAUAAUUUAUUUAUGAAACCAAAACGAUUAAUUUUAAUUAUUUUACCAAUAGCAUUAACAAUAUCAAUAAGUGUUAUUAUUGUUCAUGCAAGACGUUAUAUUAAAGAUAAUAUUCUUCAUGCAUCAUAUAGUAAUUCAACACGAUUAUUUCAAUUUUGUACAUUAUAUGAUAAUAACUACUAUGUUAAUUUAGUAACAUUACCUAUUGCUGUUGUUAUUAUUAUAUUAAUUAUAUGUAAUGAAACACGAACAAAUUAUUGUCAAUUAAAUAAGAAGAAAUUUUCUGAAAAAUUUUCUAUUUACACUCCAAUACCAUUUAAUCCAUUCUCAAAAGUAAAUCGUUUCGAUACCAUGGUUUUAAGUGGUAUUGUUAGUCAUGAAAUUCUUCAAAUUAUUGAAGAAAUAUUUCUCAAAGCAACACAAAUGAAAGUAUUAACUAUGCGUGGUCCUUUAUUUGAUCUUAUUCGACAAAUAGGUCUUGUUAUAAUUAUUGGUAUGCGUUAUUAUCCUGUAUAUACUGUUAUUGAAAUGUCAAAUGCAAAUAUUCUUUAUUAUACAUUAUGUGCUUUAUAUAUGUGGAUUGAUUUAAUAUUUCGAAUAGUUGAACAAUCAUAUUGUGUUGAUAUUGGACCAUUAAUUAAAACUUGGCAUAGAAUACAAGAAUUUAAAAAUGAAAUCACAUCAAAAUUAGCAACAAGUUCUUUGAUAACAACAACAAUGAUAACGCAUUCGGAACAUGAAGAUUCACUUUCCGGAGGAGGAGGAGGAGGUUUGAAAGGAAAUUUUCAAAAAUUUCGAGAUCGAAUACCAAUAAGAAGAUUACGAACAUCAUCCAUAACAAAUCUUCCAGCUAUUCAGUCGAAUUCAAUGAAUAUGAAUCCUAUUCAUUCAUUAAAUUGGUCAUCAAUAUAUUUAAAUUUUUCUUCAAUUGAUCGAAAUGAAUCUCAAUCAACAUUUGAUCAAUUUAAUAUUGAUUCAUCCAUUAUUGGUGUACUUAAAUAUACUCCUUAUUAUUUAUGUUUAACAUAUAUAUGUUUGCGUUUAACAUAUCUAUCUAUAUCAAAAUUCUAUAAUUUAUUCUAUUGUUGUAAUAGAGAAAUGAAUAAUUCUCAAAAACAAUCAUUAAAACAUAUAUAUCAUGAACCAGAUAUAAAUUCUUCUCAAAAAUUAUCAGUUGAAUAUCGUUAUGUUCGUCAUUUAUUUCAAAAAACAAGACGUAUAUUAAUAGAAAAUAAUAAAAAAAUUUCCUUUAUUAAAUCAUUACUUUAUAAAAUUUAUCGUCCAAAUAAAUAUUUCAAUUAUUCAAAACAAAUAUUAAAUAUGUAUAUGAUUGCAUUUAUGUUAACUUAUUAUUUAACAUUUAAUAUUUUACAAGGUGGUUUUUAUAUAAUUGAAAAAAUUUAUAGUAUUUUUUCAAUACCAUUAAUUGUUUUAACGGAUGAAAUUGAUUUACCACAACCAAAACCAUUUAAUCUUAAAUAUGAAAUAAUAAUAGCUUGUUUUUUAACAGCUAUUAUUUAUUAUGGACAAUUAUUAUGGGGAAUGAAAAGUUAUCAAAAACAUAUGCUUGAUGUUUAUAAAGGAAAUUUUAUUGAUAUUCCUCCACGAACAGCAUUUAAAAGUGCUCGACUUAUAUCACAACAUGCACAUUAUCCUGGAUAUUGUCUUGCUUAUCUUGGUUUUGGUUAUAUAACAAUGGGAAAUAUACUUUUUGUUAUUAUUAUUAUUUUUCGUGUUAUAUUUAAAAAUUUAUUUCUUGUUGAACAAAUUGCUAAAGUUGUUAUACCGAUAUUAGUGAUUUAUUUAUCAAAAUGUAUAUUAAUAUGGUUUCUAUCAAAAACUUUCUUUCUACAAAGACACGGAGAAACAAUUGGAUUAAAUAAUCUUCGAUCAUUUUUUGUAUUUGCUUAUUUUAAUUUUUUCUUCGAUUGUUUUCUUGGUAUUGUUUCAUGUGGUCUUCGUGUAACAAAAGCAACGAUAGCUGCAAUUCUAUUUUUUCCACGAUUGGAUUACUGUAUAUUUGGACGUACAUUAGAAAAAAUGGAUUCAGGAUUUAUAUCAUAUGUAUCAUUUAUACAUAUGGAAUGUCUUCAUACACAUCCUGUACUUGUUUAUUAUUGUUCAUUAGUUAACGACAAAAUUGAUAAACGUUAUGAAUAUUCACGAUCAAAUAAACGAGAAAUGCGUCAUACUGAAAUGUAUGCAUAUACACGUCGACAACGUGCAAUAUUUCGUUGGUGGUUAGCUUAUACAUUAAUACGAAAUAUUCACUUAGUACAAUUAAGAAAAUAUCAAGUUAUUAAUUUACAAUUACCAUCAGCAGAAAGUUUUAAUGAAUUUUUAGAACGAAAAGUUUUUAAUCGUUUUCAAACAAUAACAUCAACAAAAGUUUUAUCAACAAAAAGUCAAGCAAAUUUACCUACAGGAAGAAUUGUAGAUUCGAACACCAUUCUUCGAAAUCAAACAACAACAUGUACUAGUUUAUUACUAGGUGUUGAUCAACACGAUGAACGAAAACCAUCAUUUUAG